CUAGGAACUCUUGUUCUUCUUAUACACAUAUUCAAUCACCCGACCAAAUUCCAAAGUCCCAAAAAAAACCAAAUCCCAAUUUCAAAGGUAGUAGUAGUACAAGGAAAGUGUAACAACCAAAGACAAAACAAAAAUAUCAAAAUUAAAUAGUAAAAAUUCUCACACACCCCCAAAAAAACACACACUCUGACUCUAUCCUCUGUGUUCUGUUUCUGUUCUGUUUCACCCAUAACUAUGGAUUUUUGGACUUCUUCUCUCCCUCUUGAUGAUGAAUUUGAAAAGCUUGUAAUUCGAAUGAAUCCACCUAAAGUAACGGUGGAUAAUACUUCAAGAAGAUCAACCACUUUGAUAAAGGUUGAUAGUGCUAAUAAGCGUGGUAGUUUGUUGGAAGUUGUUCAAGUUCUUACUGAUAUGAAUCUCAUUGUUAGAAGAGCUUAUAUUUCAUCUGAUGGAGAAUGGUUUAUGGAUGUUUUUCAUGUUACUGAUCAAAAUGGGAAAAAGUGUCUUCAAGAAGAUGUUGCUGACAGAAUUCAACAGUCACUUGGUCAACGAGUGCAUAGCUUCCGCUCCGUGAGAAGGUCUGUCGGAGUUCAAGCUGCGGCUGAACAUACUACAAUCGAGUUAACUGGACGAGAUAGGCCGGGAGUGCUUUCAGAAGUCUUUGCUAUUCUCUCUGACCUCAAAUGCAACGUGGUAGCGGCCGAUAUCUGGACUCAUAAUUCAAGAAUGGCGUCGGUUGUUUACAUCACCGACGGUGCAACAGGAUUGCCGAUAGACAAUCACGAUCGUCUCGCCAAGAUUAAGCGUCUUCUGCUUUAUGUGCUGAGAGGAGAUAUCGACAAGAAGGACAAGAAGAACGCGAACACUUCUGUUUCGUUUUGUUCGAUUCAUAAGGAAAGGAGGCUGCAUCAGUUAAUGUAUGCUGAUCGUGAUUAUGACGUAUAUGACGGUGAUUAUUCUUGCUCAACAAAUGACAGAAACAAGCUCUAUGUAACUGUGGAUGAUUGCAUUGAUAAGGGAUACACUGUCGUGAACUUGAGGUGUCCUGAUCGACCAAAGUUACUAUUCGAUACGGUUUUCACAAUCACUGACAUGCAGUAUGUUGUGUACCAUGGAACUGUCAUUGCUGAAGGACCAGAAGCAUAUCAGGAAUACUUCAUAAGGCAUGUGGAUGGAUAUCCUAUCAGUUCCGAAUCCGAAAGGCAAAGAGUGAUUAACUGCUUGGAGGCCGCUGUUAGGAGACGAACUUCUGAGGGCAUAAAGCUCGAACUUUGCAGUGAAGACAGAGCUGGCCUAUUGUCCGAUGUAACUCGCAUCUUCAGAGAAAACGGCCUAUCAGUCUGCCGCGCGGAGGUCACAACAAGGGGUUCACAGGCCAUGAAUGUUUUCUACGUGACUGACGUGUCUGGAAAUCCGGUUAAGAGUGAAACAAUUGAAGCAGUUCGAAAAGAGAUUGGAUUGUCUAUACUGCGCGUAAAGGACGACGAGAUGUGCACGAAUUCUCCGUCCCGAGGGAGUGGAAAAUUCUCUUUACGCGAACUCGUUCGAUCGAGGUCCGAGAAGUUUCUUUACAAUUUAGGUCUGAUGAAGUCUUGUUCUUGAAGUAUCAAUAAUGUUUCGUGUUUGUAAAUAGUAUAGCCUUAGUUUUGACUAGAUUUAGACUGCUUUGGAACCUCAUUGCAGUGUUUUAUGGUUUGGUGUUUCUAGAUUUGGUUUUAUUUUAAGUUGUUUUCAGAUUUUAGUUUGUAGAGUUUUAUUUAUCUAGGCAUGUUUCAACUGGAAAUAAAUGUGUAUAUUAAUGUGCCUUUGCAAAUGUCAUAUCCUUCUGGCCUCUAA